CUUCAAUUAUUUCACUAAAUUGAAGCAGCUGGACACCAAACUGAUGCCUCUCGGUACUCCCUUUUGAAGUGCGGGAAUCGGGAUUAGCUGAUAUCUGACAGCAAACCUUCACUGACGUCAUUAUUCAGAGAACAAACCUGCGGGUUGUCACCCCUACAUCAGAGUCAGGAAAAUCACACCUUUUCGCCGGAGUCGGUCACACCACGUCCCCCACAAAGUCUCGCACGACGAGGGUUUACAUUUGGAGAAGCAACGGAAAGAGGAGACACUCUGUGCCGGGGACCAGAUAUGACCUAUUUCACAGAUCUGCAUACCUACCUGCACCAGUCGUCGCUCCUCAUCCAAGCCUACCCUUCGGCACGAAUCACGACAAAAUAUGCUCUGCCCCGGAAACCCAAUACGAAGGCCAAGUCAAAACCUAAGCAGUCGAAAGAGAAAAGUGAUCCUGGCUCUAGGCCCUCGACGACAGACACGGCGGCAACAUCCGCGGUCCCUGCUCCAUCGCAACCGCAGGGCAAGCGGGAGCGCUCUGCCGUCCUCACCUUGAAGACCUACCAUGCAGAAAGCGGGAUAUGCCUGAAAUACCAAACCGACAAGGCUGCCGAAGUGGGAAGGUUAUUGAAUGGACUAGGGAGACUGGCCAAGGGGGAGGCCAUCGAGAUGCCUGCCGUAGCUGUGUCUGCAGCACCAGGAGCUGGAACAGGGGUAGAUGGCGACAAGAUGGACAUUGAUGGCGGAGCCGGCACCGCGACGACCAGGACGGAGGACAAGGUUGCGACAGCCCCGCCAGCUGUGACGCAGGCGGGUGGAGGGGGCAAGGGGAAAAAGAAGAAAGGAAAGAAGUGAAGUUUAUCUUAAGCAUUUUUGCUUCACAUACCAGUAUGCCCGUCUACGCUCCCUGUGGUCAAUGUCGCUGCGUGUCAAGAUCACUGUCGGAAAGACAAGGAGCCCGCAGUGAGGGCCACCACAUCGAGAAUGAGUACCACGAGGCCCAAGUGCAAAGGAGGCAAGUGAUGGGAAUGAGAAGAUGCUGGUGAGAUUCGAAAGGUUACGAGCGACGUCGAAGAUGCGGAUCAAAAACGCUCUACCAUUAUAGCGCCGUGCAUUGAGAUCAUCCUCCGGGAGACAACACUGAAACUAUCGAGCGGUGAUGGCUUCGUACGAUUAUCUUGUGCUGUGCACCGCGGAUCAACAUGGGACGAGCCGACGAGGCUGGUUUCCAGCGGGGGAUGAAGCAAGGCUGACCUCUGUCCCCUACAUCUACGAACAAAACUAGAGACAAGAAUACAUCAAUUACAGUUGUGAUUGCGUUUCUAGUUCAGAGUACUAGUAUGUAUUUCGUACAGCCUUCCCAGUUCACCACGCUAUGAAUUCUUCAUGAUUAACCAAAAAAACAAGACCCUCUCUAGCUGGCCUAUGCACAGGGGGAGAGACAGACCGUUAUCAAAACAGUUCAACACAGAUAAAGCCAUACGCUCCUCACUCGAGGAACCUUUCGAAGCCGCCACGUUGUUUUUCGGAGUGCGGAUGCCGAUAUGAAAUGGGUAUAACAAGUGUAGAAAGGAUGGGACACCCUCUAGGUUUUCUCCCUUCGUUUACCGUUUACCGAUAAGACGCCCUGAACAGACAGCAAAAAGAAAUCGUCGUCAAAGAUCCAAUACGAUCUAAAAGUCUUCGUCGAAACUGAUGCCGUUGCUUUCGGCUUCCGUCUUCUCCUCCUUUGGUGAGGUGGACUUCUCUUCGGACUUCUUGCUGGCUGAAGUCAUAACACCACUCUUUUGAUAGUCGCCAACGCGCUUCUCGAAGAAGUUGGUCUUUCCCGCGAGUGAGAUGUUCUCCAUCUAAAGAUUCCAGAAAGUCAGCAUUUGAAUCUGAUGGACAAUUGACCAGAAGGCUUUUGCAGUAUCAUUUGUGGGAGAGGCAAUGGCGCCACAUGAC